UGUCAUGAAAACAAUAAACAAUUAGCAAUAUAUAUUGAGAAGUAAUAAGUGGUGUCAUGUUUAGAAGAGGCAUACAUGGAGAAACAGAAUUCCUUACGCCGCCACCGAAGCGGCGCAGAGUACCCAACUUCCGGUCAACUAACGGCGUCUUCCUCGGCGAUUACUCCGUACAGACCUUUGUCCUCAAGGUUUAAGUUACCCCCUGGUUGGGGUAUUGAACAAGUGAUUCGCUCUAGUGGCGAUCGAGUUGACAGAUACUACUAUGAGCCUGGGACUGGACAAAAGUUCAGAUCAUUGAGAGAUGUCGAGCGACGAUUGAACGGUGAAAUAUUUGCUCCUACAAACAGGGCAUCGGGAGUGAGAAACUAUCCUAAGAGUUCUCUGUCUCGGAAGAUGGUCAUCUACAAUGGGAAGAUCGUUAGAAUGGAUGAAGAGCAGUUGAAUGAAUGGGCAAUUGUGCCGUCAACAAGAGCAGCCACCUUACCCUAUGACCUUCCUGAUGGUUGGGUGAUAGAAGAAGUACCACGUACAGACGGAAGCAUGGUGGAUAAGUAUUACUAUGAACCAGGUACUGGACAAAAAUUUAGAUCCAGGAUAGCGGCACAAAGAUACUUGGCUCAAAUGAGAGAAAAUGUUCCUUUGUCCGCUACUCUAGAAGAAUUGAAAGAGAAUAAACCACUGUCCAAGAUGUUUAAGUUGUACCAUCAUGCAAAGAAAUCUCUUCCAUGUAAGACGAACAUCGUUACAGAGAAUUCGGACAAUUCAUCGUUUCUUUCUCCGCCAGCAAAAGUAAAUUGGGUUCUUUCUAGUCCUAAAGGGGAUGCUUGGAAUCCUCUGAUUUCUGGAACACCUAUUCCUGAUUCAGUAAAACAACAAUGGACUGAAAGAUUCAAGUUGUUCAUGAAUGACGAGAACCUGAAUUCAGAAAAGUCAGACUAGAAAGGCACUAAACGGAGAGAAUGCAGUUGUUUACGCUUCAAGAAAGCUCUGACUGCUUCUGACUAUGAGAAUUGGAUGCUAAAUCUUGUACAUACUAACAUUAUGCAACUCCUUAAUCACUUUGCUGUUUAACCACUGUAGAGAAUCUGUUGUCCUGUUUAUUCUGUGUUUGUUCAUGUGUUGUAUAACAAUUCGACAACUUUUUUCUUAUGGUACAUGUUCAAGUACGGACGUACA